UGACACUAUGAAAAAUAAUAAAUGGUGUAAAUAAAGAUGGUAUACUUUUAAUACGAACAAUCAAAACAAAAAAAUAGGAACGUAGAUCCAAGCGAAGUGUUAGGAAAUCAAGUGAAUAUAAAAUUGUUAGCAUCAAUAAAUUUAUUUAACUGUAGACCAUAAAAAUGGGAAGUAUUGAUGCAGCGCGUAUUGCUGGCUUUCUGUGUCGUCUAUGUUCGGAGAUGCAUCGAACUGUAAUUCAUAUUUAUGGAGAUCAGGGACAAAAACACGAUUUGGCCAGAAAAAUAAAUGCCUAUUUACCUGUAACAAUAAAGCCAAAUGAUCUGUUACCGAAAACAAUUUGCCAGUCAUGUAUGGAUCGUGUAGAACAACAUCAUGAGUUAAUGCUUAAGUUGAAACAACAUGAGCACGUCUUUACCAACUCCAAUUCAACAAGAAUAGCUCGAACAACGACGACGACGACGACGAGCACGGCGUCGGCGACGACGGGGACUGAAUCGACACGUCAAAAUUCCACAACCAAUAGCGAUGAUAAUAAUAAAAACGGCAGCGAAAGGCCGAUCUGUUAGCUAUUUAGUUUUUCAUUUUAGUUUUAAUCAUAAUUAUUAUUUCUCAUAAAUGCAGACAAAAAACCACGUAUUCUAGAAUAUAGACUAAAAAACACA